UUGUACUUCCGGUCAGUGAGAAGAAUUCGGCAGAAGUCCCAUUCCCCCCUUUUGUUUGCAUGAUUGUGUCUUAUUUUUCGGAAAAUGUGUCUAAUACUGACAAACCAAUUACUCGAGAAUCGAAAAAAAAGUUGUGACUCGUGUCAUUUUUGUUUUUUAGUUGCGUUAAAGUCAGUUGCUAGCCUGUUCGCUUGACAUUAGCUGUGCCAACAUUGCAGGAUUUGGACAGGUGUGACAUUUAUUUGUAAACGUUCAAAAUGUCGCGUUAAGUGUAUAUUUUUCUGGAGAGGCAGGCUAUAUAUUUCACUGAAUCAUCGUGUAAUUUAAAGCAACAUGCCAUUAGUCAGCUAUUAAACGUAGCUUACCUUUCUGGAGUGUGUCAUGCACCUGAGCCGCCUCCUGUUUGGACUUCUAUCGACUUGCUGCAGAACUGCACACAAGCAAUUAGCAGUCAAUGUGCAAUCAAUUUGGUUUCCUUAUCGUCACACAACACCAGAGGCUUGUCUCUCUCUGGUCAGCUUAAACAAGAUGGCGUCUGUCAGCAUCUCCCAUGAUAGGCAGCCCUCGGCUGAUGAUAAUAAUAAUAAUGAUGAAAAAAAGGAGGAAGGAAACGGUGGUUCUAAAGAUGAAACUGGACUAGAAAGAGGUUCAGAAGAGAGUCAAUGUCAGGUGAAUACAGUUCUCACUGACACUGGAGCCGCCAAUAAGACAAUCACCAAUCGUGAGUCGCGCAAGAAGAAGAGGAAGAGGGCGGGCAGCGGAGGACGAGUGGACAGCGAGGAAGACGCAGAGACAAAGAAGAAGAAGAAACCAAGCCAACGGCCUAACUACUUUGUCUCCAUCCCCAUAACCAAUUCACAGAUAAGCACAGCAGUGUCUCAGGUCCAAGAGGCGUUGCUGGAGCAGGAGCCCCGUCUGGCCAAAGCCAUGAUCCCCGUCCCCACUCUGCACAUCACACUUCUAGUCACUCAUCUGGCUGACCAAGAGCAAGUGGACUUGUGAGUGGACACAUGUGUUUUUAGCGUGCAUUAUUA